GCUUCACAGUAGUCUGAUCGAUAUUCCACCAUUCACUUCGCUAUCGAACGGAUCGUGAAACUCCGUAACCAGAAGCCAGAGUUUGAAAAUGGAAGGUGCGUUUGAUGAUGAAGCUGAACCGGCUGUUACAAUCGGCGAGUACCUGGAGGAAGUCGAGGAACGAGAGCUGGAAGCUGAUUUAGUUUUGGGGGGUGAUGAUGGCAAGGAGUGUACCUACAGCAAAGGUUAUAUGAAAAGGCAGGCAGUUUUCUCUUGCCUCACCUGCACUCCUGAUGGGAAUGCUGGAGUUUGCACAGCUUGUUCAUUGUCUUGCCAUGAUGGUCAUCAGAUUGUGGAACUGUGGACAAAAAGAAACUUCAGGUGUGAUUGUGGGAAUUCAAAAUUUGGUGAUGUCUACUGCAAAAUUUUCCCAAACAAAGAUUUGGAGAAUGUUGAGAAUUCAUACAAUCACAACUUUAAAGGUUCAUAUUGCACAUGCGGUCGCCCGUAUCCUGAUCCAGACUUUGUACAACAAGAAGAGAUGAUACAGUGCUGUCUAUGUGAGGACUGGUUUCAUGAAGAGCAUCUUGGGCUUGAGUCGUCAGCUGAGAUUCCCAAAGAUGAUGAAGGAGAGCCUAUCUAUGAGGAAUUUAUAUGUAAGGCAUGCUCCGAGGUAUGUUUCUUUAUAAAGUUAUAUCCUGAAGAAAGAUGGGCGGCUGGAAAGCAGGCAGAUGCUACUGUCCAAGUUAACAAGGACAAAGGUGUUUUGGAAGAGAUGCCUACUUGUGAGUCUGAAAAGCCAAUGGGUGAUUCUUCAUAUAAUUCUCCGAAAAAUGAUGUUUCACAAGCUACUGUUGAUUCUGAAUCUAUAUCUGAUGGGACGAGGCUGUCUGAGGGGGAAAAUUGUAAUAGCAGUAUAACUUUAAAUCAAUAUACAAAAAGCACCAAUUCGCAAGUUAACAAGGACAAAGGUGUUAUGGAAGGGGUGCCUACAACUUGUGAGUCUGCAAAGCCAAUGGGUGAUACUUCAUAUAAUUCUCCUAAAAUUGAUGAUGCACAAGCUGCUGUUGAUUCUGAAUCUAUAUCUGAUGGGACGAGGCUGUCUGAGGGAGAAAAUUGUAAUAGCAGUAUGACUUUAAAUCAAUGCACAAAAAACACCGAUUUGCAAGUUCAUUGUCUCCUCGGUGUUAACCUAGCUGCUGCUACCCCUGAUAUACAUGGUAAACCAUUUUUCCUUUCUAAGCAUUGGAGAGAUGCUCUAUGCAGAUGCAAUAAUUGCUUGGAGUUUUACAAUCAGAAGCAGAUUGCUUUUCUACUUGACAAGGAAGACUCAAUUGCGGAGUAUGAGAAAGUGGCCAAGCAAAAGAGAGAAGAAAAGUUGCAGCGACAGGAGGGUGCGGAGAUAAGUUUUUUUAAUAAACUUGGUCAUGUAGAGAAAGUGGAGAUCUUGAAGGGCAUUGAAGAGAUGAAGGAUGGGCUUCGUGCAUUCCUGGAGUCUGCAGACUCGUCAAAGCCAAUUACUGCUGCUGAUGUCCACCAGUUUUUUGAUGACAUUAAGAAUAAGCGUCGCCGGGUACAGUGAAUUUUUGUUGUGUGUUUGCGUUUCAAGGGCGUUAGUCAAAACUUUCAAACUCUUGUCUGAGGUUCAAAAGGCCUGCAUGGUUUAUGAUAUUUAUAUUACAAUGCGCUGUUUGUAUCAACUUUUGAAUAUUUUAGUUCCGUAGAAUGAACUUGGAUUUAACAUAUGCUUGUUAGACUAUACAUUCUGCUAGCCAACCAUCCUGUUUUUGGUUAUUUUUUACUCCAAUUUCUUGACGGGUGCUGACGGUU